AUGGUGUGGAAUCGCGUCAGGUUUCCAAAUAUGGCAGUGACUUUCAUGGGCAAAAACGCACGCACACGAUUGCGUGAUAACCAGUAUGUUUUCCGUGUAGAACCGAAUUACACCAAGCAUGAAAUCAAAGAAUAUUUGACGAAGGUUUACGGCUUGCCGGUAACCAAGGUCAACACAAUGAACUACGAGGGUAAAUUCAAGCGUGCAUUUCGUGGUCGCUACGUGUACAAAGAAAAAGACUGGAAGAAGGCUAUUGUGACAAUAAAGGAGUAA